CUUGCUUUCCUGGUCCUUGAGUUGUCUGAGUUUACUUUUGUUUUAAAGGUUUAGACAGCUUACUGAAAUACCUCGUUUAUUCUCAGCAAACCUUUUAGCACUUUUAGAAGAUGACCAUCACAGUGUAUUUCAGCAGUGUGAGUGGCUCUAGAGAGGUGAAGCAACAUCAGCAAGAGAUUUUCCAGUUUCUGGAAUCCAAGAAGUUCAAGUACUUUGCUGUGGACAUCUCACAAUCCCCUGACAAGAAGGAGGAGAUGAGGAAGAAAGUGGGAAACCCCUCAGCGAUGCCCCCUCAGGUCUUCAACGAAGACAAAUACUGUGGGGACUAUCAGAAGUUUUUUGAAGCAGUGGAGGAUGGGAAACCAGAGGCAUUCUUCAAGCAAUGAGCUACUGUAGGCACACUGCACUACUUAUUUUACGUAAUUAAAUGAAAAAAGAUUUCCCAUUAAGCAUAUCUCUGUAUUUUGUAUCUACAAGUGAGUCUCUCAUCAAAUUUGAGAUCAACUUCCCUAUUUGGCCACUAGGGUGCAGUAAUGUCUCAAAUACCUAAAAUUUUUUAAGGAUACUUGUGUUGGGAAGGUUUACCUUGGAAAUGUAAUAGGUUACAGAUUACAAGUUACCCUAUUGAAAAUGUAAGAAGUAUUGUUACUAUUUCAAUUACUUUAUUAUAGUAAUGUAACGGAUUACAUUUGAUUACUUUUCUAAAUUUAAAUUUCUUUUUUUUUUCAGUACUUAUUUAUUUAUUUUUGUUGUUGUUGUUGUUCAUCAUUUUUAAGCAUUUAAAACAGGCAGGGCUGACCUUACGGUAGUACUCAACACUGAUUACUGCCACACUUUAAAAAUCCCUCAUUUUUUUAUUAAGAUUGUAAUUUAAUUUUAAAGCCCAGCCACUAUAAUAUCAGGCUUUAGGACCUCUUUUUACUUUGAGAUUGUUCUGAGGUUAAAUACAGAUUUAAAAUCAUAACAAGAUAUAGGUUAAUAGCUAUAAUACUGUUUUUGAAAUCAAAUCUUUGCAUGGAAACCUUGUGAAAAAAACAAACAGUUAAUUUAAAAAAAAAAUAAAGCAAAUGCAUAAACUUAAAUAGGAAAUAAAACGGUUAUUAAAUAAGUGUGUCCUAUUCUGUGUCUUAAACUCCUGAAACAUUGGUGUCUCAUAAUUCAGAAUGGUAUUCUGGUAAUUCAGAAUAGUGACAUCAGGACCAGAUUCAUGACAUCUACAUUUUUUCUUAUUUUGCCUAAAUAUUAUAUAUAUAUAUAUAUAUAUAUUAAUUUUGUACUGCCCUUCAGAAGCUACAGAAGAUACUUGUUUCUCAGAAGACAAAAUAAGUUACAUUCACCCUCCGGCUCUUAAUGCAUCGUUUUUCCUUCUGGAGCAUCAGUGAGUGUUUGAAACUUCUGUAAUAGUUGCAAAUGAGUCCCUCAGUUGUCCUCAGUGUGAAAAGAUAGAUCUAAAAAUAAUAGUCAUUGUUGGAAAGGGUUCAAAUACACAAAAAUCUUGAAAAACUAAAAAAAAUUGUGGGACCUGAAGGAUUUCUCUGAAGAACAGCAGGCAGUUUAAUUGUUCAGGAAUUCUGUUCUUCA